AUGAAAACAAAAAAAAAUGGAAAAAUCACCAAUAAUAAAAAUAUUAAAAAUACAAAUGAUAAUAUAAAUAAUGAUAAUAAUAAAAAACCUUCUUACACAAUAACGGAUUUGUUAACAAAAAUUUCAUCAUUAAUAGAUACAUGUGAUUAUGAAUUAGCAUUAAAGUUUGCUAAUCGAGCAUUAAGCAUGGAUGAGAAUAAUGUACAAGUUUUGGAAAUUUUGGGAACUAUAGAAAUAGAAUUGGGAGUGUUUGAUGAAGCCAGAGAGAAUUUAUCAAAAGCCAUUUCAAUAAAUCCAAAUCAAGGUUACUCAAAAUAUUUAUAUAUGGGACAAUUGUCUAGUGGUUUAGAGGCAAUUAAUUAUUUUCAAAAAUUAAAAUGUGAAGAAUAUUUAAAUCAAGCAUUAGAAAUUGAUUCAAAUAAUUCCGAAGUUUAUCAAAUAUUAGCUUCGGUUCGAAUCUCUCAACAAAGGAACGAUGAAGCGAAAUCGGCUUUACUAAAAAGUUUAGAUAUAUGGUCUCAUUUGGAACCAGCUCUUUCUGUACUUGAAAUCUUACAAAAAGAAAAUGAUCAAAUAGUCGAUCUUUGGUAUCUUUAUGGUUGGUGUUAUUAUUGUAUGAGUCAAGCUCAUUUAGAAGAUGCUCGUGAUUGUUUGAUUACUUGUCAAAAGAGUUUUGUAUUACAUGAUUCAUGCGUGAUCAAUCAAAAACUCCGCGCAGGUGGCGUAAAUAUUAUGGAACCAUACGAGGCAUUUGAUUUUUCUCGAAUAAAUCCCGCAACUUUCCACCAAAGUUUUAUAAACUUGCCAGAAAUCCCAGUUUCCCCAUAUUAUAGUCCACAAAAUAUUUCUAAUUAUAGUCGUGAUAUAGUAAUAAUAGACGAUAGUGACGCUGAAGGAGAUGUUACUACUUAUAAUAACGGCAAUUCUUUAUUCCCAUACAAUAAUAGCAAUUUAUAUACAUACAAUAUCCAAAAUCGAAGCCCUGGUGGUUCAAUUAUUAGUAUUUCUUCUGGUACACAAACUUCAACAGAUAUAAGUCCUAUGAGGUCAAAUACUAGUCGUUUCUUUUCACCCAAUAAUCGAGAAAUCACUUCUGUUACACAUCAGUCGAGACCUUCUCCCUCAGAAGAGGAUCAAAUUCUUAUUUGUGCUGAAUGUGAUGAACAACUUUCUGAAGGAUUAUGGGCAUUAAGUUGUGGUCACGUAAUUUGUGGAAGUUGUGCCAAGAAAUUUAAGAUCAAAAAGAGAAUCAAUUGUCCUAGUUGUAAAGCUAGAACUAAACCUAAUAAUAUGAUACAAUUAUAUGUUUAG